UCAGAGCCGCGCACGGGACCGGGAAGGGGACCCACCCGAGGGUCCAGCCGCCAGCCGCCAGCCCCCGCACUAAUAGCGGCCACGCCGGAGGGAGCGGCAACAGCAUCAGGGACACAGCAGCGACAGUUCGGAGCUGGGAGGCCGCGCCACCUGCGGGCCGGCCGGAGCGGGCAGCCCCAGGCCCCCUCCCCGGGCACCCGCGUUCAUGCAACGCCUGGUGGCCUGGGACCCAGCAUGUCUCCCCCUGCCGCCGCCGCCUGCCUUUAAAUCCAUGGAAGUGGCCAACUUCUACUACGAGGCGGACUGCUUGGCUGCUGCGUACGGCGGCAAGGCGGCCCCUGCGGCGCCCCCCGCGGCCAGACCCGGGCCGCGCCCCCCCGCCGGCGAGCUGGGUAGCAUCGGUGACCACGAGCGCGCCAUCGACUUCAGUCCAUACCUGGAGCCGCUGGGCGCGCCGCAGGCCCCGGCGCCGGCCACGGACACCUUCGAGGCGGCUCCGCCCGCGCCCGCCCCCGCUCCCGCCUCCUCCGGGCAGCACCACGACUUCCUCUCCGACCUCUUCUCUGACGACUACGGGGGCAAGAACUGCAAGAAGGCGGCCGAAUACGGCUACGUGAGCCUGGGGCGUCUGGGGGCCGCCAAGGGCGCGCUGCACCCGGGCUGCUUCGCGCCCUUACACCCGCCGCCCCCGCCGCCGCCGCCACCGCAGCCGGCCGAGCUCAAGGCGGAGCCGGGCUUCGAGCCCGCGGACUGCAAGCGGAAGGAGGAGGCCGGAGCGCCGGGCGGCGGCGCCGCAGGCAUGGCGGCUGGUUUCCCGUACGCGCUGCGCGCCUACCUCGGCUACCAGGCGGUGCCGAGCGGCAGCAGCGGGAGCCUCUCCACGUCCUCGUCGUCCAGCCCGCCCGGCACGCCGAGCCCAGCAGACGCCAAGGCGCCCCCGACCGCCUGCUAUGUGGGGGCGGCGCCGGCGCCCUCGCAGGUCAAGAGCAAGGCCAAGAAGACCGUGGACAAGCACAGCGACGAGUACAAGAUCCGGCGUGAGCGCAACAACAUCGCGGUGCGCAAGAGCCGCGACAAGGCCAAGAUGCGCAACCUGGAGACGCAGCACAAGGUCCUGGAGCUCACGGCCGAGAACGAGCGGCUCCAGAAGAAGGUGGAACAGCUGUCGCGCGAGCUCAGCACCCUGCGGAACUUGUUCAAGCAGCUGCCUGAACCCCUGCUCACCUCCUCCGGCCACUGCUAGCGCGGCCCCCGCGCGCGUCCCCCUGCCGGCCGGCCUCCGCGCUGCCGGGCGCGCCGCGGCCACCGAGACUCCGGGAAGCGCCCGCGCUCCCGCUCCCGCUCCCGCCCCCGCCCCUGGUGGCGCCGGCAAAACUUUGGCACUGGGGCACUUGGCAGCGCGGGGAGCUCGUCGGUAAUUUUAAUAUUUUAUUAUAUAUAUAUAUAUAUAUUUUUGUCCACACCAACCGCACAUGCAGAUGGGCCGCCCGCCCGUGGUGUUAUUUAAAGAAGAGAUGUCUAUGUGUACAGAUGAAUGAUAAACUCUGCCUCUCCUUCUGACCCCUCUCCAGGCGCCGGCGGGCGGGCCGGUUUCGAAGUUGAUGCAAUCGGUUUAAACAUGGCUGAACGC